AUUACGCGUUUCGAAUACCAUUUUGCAAGUACGGCAUAACAUUUUUAAUAAUUCCGUCCAAAAAAGAACAUUACCAAAUUUAAGUUAUCAAACAGAAAGUUGUUUAUAUUGAAGAUUCCAUUGUGAUACACGAUUCAAUAUGGCACAAUUCAACUUUGACGAAAUAAAAAUCUUUGACGAUACAAUGGAUGAUAUGAAUAUCCUAAGAACUCUAACUAAAAGUCAAAGUCAAGAAAAUGCCUUUUACAUUGCUGAUAUUGGUAAUGUCAUUAAAAAACAUCAGGAAUGGAUCACCAAGUUACCUAGAGUGAUCCCGCACUUUGCAAUUAAAGCAAAUCCAGAUCCAACGGUAAUUAAAGUUCUGGCAGCUUUGAAUAGCUGUUUCGAUUGUGCAUCCAAGCAAGAAAUAAAACAGGUAAUGCAGCAUGGAGUGCACGGUGACCGGAUUAUUUUCGCGCAUCCGACCAAAUAUCCGUCUCAUAUAGAAUAUGCUAAGGAAGUGAACGUCAAGCAGAUGACGGUCGAUAGUGAAAGCGAAUUGUUCAAGAUCAAGGAUAUCUUUCCAGAAGCUAAGAUCAUCAUACGUAUACGCUGUGAUGCUAAAUACAUUGGGGCAAAAUCAUUAGGAUUAAAAUUCGGCACCCAAUCGAACGAGGAAACAGUACGCUUGAUACAGCUUACGAAAGAUCUCGGUUUGAACUUAUACGGCUUCAGCUUCCACGUCGGCUGUUUGUGCAAGGAGUAUGAGGCUUAUUCUAGAGGAAUCGCAAUGUGCAAAGAAUUAAUUAUCGCCUCCAAGGCAAUUGGAUUCGACAAGGUGCAAUUGAUCGACAUCGGCGGUGGAUUCGAGGGCAAGAGCGGAAUGAACAUUGACGAGGUCGCCAAUGUCAUCAAUGAUGCAAUACAAGAUCUCGAUUCUAGUAUAAGAGUUAUUAGCGAGCCAGGAACGUACUACGUAAGUUCCAGCUUCACUUUAGCCACGUAUUUACAUUCCAAGAGAAUUAUUCCGAAUAAGGGAGAAAUGAUGAGAAUGUAUUACAUGAAUUGCGGAGUAUUUCAUUCCUUUAUCGACGAAUUACUGGGUAUUCAGGCUAGGCUACCACAAUCACUUUCCGAGCCAAUAAGCAAAGAGAAAUUUCUUUCAAGUAUAUGGGGACCGACCGCUGACUCGUAUGAUUUAAUUGUCAAGGAUGCGAUGUUGCCUGAGUUUUACAUAGGUGAUUGGUUAAUUUGGACAAAUAUGGGUGCUUAUUCCAUAGCUAUAGCCUGUCCGUUCAACGGAUUUCCGAUUCCAGUUGUGAUUCCAUUUAUUAGAAAGAGUCAACUGGAAUAUUUUAAAAAUCAAAUUGACCUAGUGUAGACACCUAUUUUAUUCUUAAAAAUCCAUCGAAUGAUACACAUAACUCGAGAAUAAUCAAAUGAAUGAAUUCUUAAUAAAAUUUGAAGUUGUUAACAAAAUAAAACAAUAAGCUGCAAUGUAUUUAGUAUGAAUUCAACAUAUGUGUAUAUAUAUUAUCAAACAAGUGAGUAACUGACUCUCGAGAUUUAAGGAGGUUCAUCUGGUUAGUAAUUAACAGAUGAAUUUUGAAAAAAAAUUAAAUACAAGUUAAGAUGUGUAUAAAAAUAUAUCUCGCAAAUUUUUAAGUCCUUUGGAUACCUCAGUGAUGAGAUAUUAAUAAAAAUAUUUAGUGCAACUUUACAUUGUGUCUUAUGGAAAAUGACAUUUUUCGAGCCUUCUUCCACAAAAUUUGUAAAGAAUUAACAGACAGUUUUUGUACAAAUUAAUGAUAAUAACAAAAAAAUAUGUAAGAAAAAUUUGUGCAAAGAGUGUAGAUCGAUUGGAUAUCUGAGAAAUAAGAAAUGAGUAGAUAUUUUUUGCAAAAAUCUCGUUUACGCGUAGGUUAUCUUCCAUUACUCGAUGAGCGGCAACAUCGGAACUUCUUACCAAAGUACGCGCUAUUUAAAAUGUAAAAGUUUGAGAAAAAA